UUUCUAGAGUUUGAUUUUACAAACAAAAUCAGACAAAUAUGGCAAGACAUCCUAUUGGUGGUAGCAGCAGCCGAUUCAGGUCUGGAAGUACUAGGUCUGCUAGUACUAGAUCGCCUACUACUACUCCUAGCGCUAAUGAAGUGAACUGGCCAAGGGGGUUGCUCAAUUCACAAGGCUCUCCAUUAACUGAUGGUGAACACACAGCUGGACAUCCAAGUGUAGGGAGUCAACGUGUGUCUUCGUCAGAUGGUGACGAUUCUCUAAGCCAAGGUACUGGGAAUCAAGCAGAGGGACAUGGAUGGCACGAUGCUUUUCAUCAGGAAGAUAAUGAUCCUGGCGAUACGAAUGAAGCUCCGUCAAUUUUGACAACUGUUGGAGAUGAUGAGUAUUGGAACGGAGAAACUCGGAGCACGAGAAAUGGGGAUACGCGUGAAUGA